AUCAGAAAAACAUCUCUUCUAUUCGCACAUUGCAAACAGAAUUCUCGCACAGAAAACCCAAAAAAAAUGUCUCUGAUUCCAAGUUUCUUCGAGGGCCGAAGGAGCAACGUCUUCGAUCCAUUCUCAAUGGACAUAUGGGACCCAUUCCCGGGCUUCUCCAACGCCGUUUCCGGCGGCGGCGCGUCGCGCGAGACCUCCGCGUUCGCCGCCGCGCGGAUCGACUGGAAGGAGACGCCGGAGGCGCACGUGUUCAAGGCGGACGUGCCGGGGCUGAAGAAGGAGGAGGUGAAGGUGGAGGUUGAAGAAGGGAAUGUGCUGCAGAUCAGCGGGCAGAGGAGCAAGGAACAGGAGGAGAAGACUGACACGUGGCACCGCGUCGAGAGGAGCAGCGGCUCGUUUUUGCGGCGGUUCCGGCUGCCGGAGAACGCUAAGGUCGAUCAGAUUAAGGCGGCGAUGGAGAACGGUGUGCUCACGGUUACUGUUCCUAAAGAGGAAGUUAAGAAGCCGGAGACGAAAGCCAUUCAGAUCUCUGGUUAAACCUCAUCAUCGUAUGUUCGUAUCCUUUGGUUUGUGUCCGUACUAUGUUAUGAUGAUGAUGCUGAAUAAAUGAUGUGUGUCUGGUUUACUGCAACAGCUAGCGUUUAAGCUAUGGUGAUUUCUUGUACGUUUCUAUCAAUGUAAUAUAGAGCGUGAGUUUUUUCUUUAAUAAGCGCCCUAUUUCAGAUAA